AGUCGCGGGAUGCGACAGCAGCGCCAAGCGUAUUUGGCGGGAUCGUGGUUCACAACGGCGUCUGUUAUAUUCUGCGUCGGUCUGUCGUAGUAGUUUGUCGUGCUGUGUAAUUUAAUCGUAUCUCUCAUCGCAAUGGCUGGCGGAAAAACAGGCAAAGAUUCCGGCAAGGCGAAGGCUAAAGCAGUCUCACGUUCAGCAAGAGCAGGCUUACAGUUCCCUGUUGGAAGAAUCCACAGGCAUUUAAAGAACCGGACAACUAGCCAUGGACGUGUCGGUGCUACCGCUGCUGUUUACAGCGCAGCCAUUUUGGAAUAUUUGACUGCUGAGGUUUUGGAGUUGGCGGGUAACGCGUCUAAAGAUUUAAAAGUAAAACGUAUUACACCUAGGCAUUUACAACUUGCAAUUCGUGGAGACGAAGAAUUGGACAGUCUUAUUAAAGCUACCAUUGCCGGAGGAGGUGUUAUCCCACAUAUCCACAAAUCACUUAUCGGCAAAAAAGGUUCACAAAAGCCAGCAUAAUUUAAUACCUAAUCUUAACUCUAAUAAUAAUAAUUAAUAAUAAAAUAAAUAACAAUAAGUGUUUAUCCUACGUUUAUUAUUUUAACUCUCAAUAUUAAUAAUAAAUUUUUUCUUAAAUCUCUUUCUCUAAAAUUCCAUUUUUUUAUAUAUUUUUUUACCAAUCACUUUCAUUUACAAUUAAAUAAUUUAACAGUAAUUUUUAAUAAAAAAUAAUUUAAUAUUAAUUGACAAGGCAUAUUGAGACCAGAAAAAAAUAUUUAUAAUAAUUAUUAAUUACAGAGAAAGAGACAAUUAAUAAUUAAUAAAAAUAAAAUGAAAAUUGAUGAUUGUUGAUAGUGUAACUGCGUUAAUCUGAAAUAAAAGAAAAUUAAAUUUUAA